GUCAAACACGGAAGUACAAAAUUCGACAAACAAAAAGCUUAGCUAGGAAAUGAGAGCAUGGAGGGAUCUAAAUAUUAAAAUAUCGAUCAAUAAAAUCGCUGAACGAAAAGGAAAUAUAGCUACUUAAAGAUUUAUGCUAAAGAAAAUAAUUAAAUUAUUGUAAAUGUAUUGCUAGAUAGCAAUGGAUAUCGGUAUGAAGUUUAUCUUCUGCACUGAUAGCUAACGUUAAUUUUAGCUAGAGAAACAUAGCCCGCUAUUUUGAAACAGACUUGCUUUUUCAAUUUCUAGAGACUAACUAGCAAACCAGUGGGCGUUUAUCUUAUGAUAAUUAUCAUUUCACCUCGUUAUUAAUCCUCUAACGUUAGCGUGCUGAUUUUUUUUUUUUUUUAACGGGCUAGCCAAGAAGAACAAGUUUAGAUAGUGGCAAUGACUGCUGCAGUGUUUUUUGGGUGUGCGUUCAUUGCAUUUGGGCCAGCGUUUUCCCUAUUUAUUUUCACUAUCGCCAAAGACCCAUUGCGAGUCAUCAUUCUAAUUGCAGGGGCCUUCUUCUGGCUGGUGUCCUUACUGCUGUCCUCUCUGGUGUGGUUCAUAGCCACGAAGGCCACCAAUGCCCAGGACCUGACCCUGCAGAAAAACCUGCUCAUAUUUGGCAGUAUUUUCUCAGUCAUACUGCAGGAGGUGUUCCGCUUUGCAUACUACAGGCUGCUCAGGAAGGCAAAUGAAGGUCUGGCAGCCAUCAGUGAAGAAGACGGCCCCCCCCUUUCAGUCCGGGAAAUGGCCUAUGUGGCUGGACUGGGCUUUGGCAUCAUGAGCGGAGCCUUCUCCAUGAUCAACACUCUCUCUGACUCUCUGGGCCCAGGGACAGUGGGCAUGUUUGGAGACUCCCAGUACUACUUCAUCACCUCAGCCCUGAUGACCCUGGCGCUGACGAUGCUCCACACCUUCUGGGGGGUGGUGUUCUUUGAGGGCUGUGAGAGGAAGAGAUGGUGGGUGAUCGCUGUGGUGCUCUGUGUCCACCUGAUGGUCUUCAGCCUGUCUCUGUUGAACCCGUUCUACGUGGGCAGCAUUCUCCCGGUCUACGCCAUCAUGCUGCUGAUGGCCGUCUGGGCCUUCUUCUCCUCCGGUGGCUCCCUGCACAACAUCACUCUUCUCUGGACGUGUAGGAAAAGUAAUACGGAGACGUCGUCAUAAUUCACAUUCCAUGUUGAUCUCUGAGGUCGAAGGGCAAUAGGAGCUUCUGUCGCUGCAGUGCUGUGUACAAACCAAAGCAGCCAAUCAAGAGACGACACAGUCUCCACAUCAACCAAUCUCCACAUAAUAUGGAUGGGCUGAAUCAGAGCCCAGAAAUCAGCACUUCACUGACCAAUAGAGCUGACCAAGGGAAAUCCUUCAUACUGUAUAUAGCCUGAAUGACACUAGUUUACACACACUUAGGCAUGUGUAAGCUUUUUUUCAAUGCAAGGAAACAACCUUUUUUUUUUUCGUUCUUUGUCUCUUCGCAGAUUUGGCUUUUGUAUGGACUUUUAAUCAAUCCACUCCCUUGCGUCAAUUAUUGAUCUUUGGUUUACUGAAUUAUUAUAAUAAUUUUUUAAAGAAUGAUCAUUUGUUAGUUAAUGUAAUGUGAAGGGCAGAGCUGCACAAAUCGAAUGUUAUUUGUCAUGUGCCGAAUACAACAGUGAAAUGCUGACUUACAAGCCCUUAACCAACAAUCCAGUUUGAAGAAAAAUAAGUUUAAAAAAAAAAUAGCUAAGUAAAACAAUAAGAAAUAAAAGUAACAAAUAAUAAAAGAUCAGCAGUAAAAAUAACAGUCGCAAGGCUAUAUACAGGGGGUACCGUUACAGAGUCAAUGUGCUGGGGCACCGGUUAGUCAAGGUAAUCUGUACAGGUAGGUAGAGUUAAAGUGCAACAGACUGUUGGCUCUGGUCAAAUGAAGAUUCUUCACCAGGACUUUUUUUGUACCCUCAACCUCAUUUCAAUGUUUUGUUUUUUUUAAAUUAAAAUUACGAGCCACCAUUUAAAUUACUUUUUUUUUUAUAUAUAUAUAUAUAUAUAUAUAUAUAUAUAUAUAUAUAAUUAUGUAAUCAAUGGACAAUGUUAACUUUUUUUAUUUGGUCAAUGACAGUCUUACAAAUCAGUCUGACAGUAUUUUUGACUGUAUUUUAAUCUGAAAACCAUAUGGUUUGAAUUGACUGAAAUGUAUUAGGAAAUGCAGAAGAUCAUCAGGCAAUAAUGUAUGAUGAUCUGUGUAGAAAAGAACCUUGGAAGAAAACUGAUUUUAAGCCAGGUUCUAUGAACCAAUCACCAAUUAUCGAUCGUGACUCCCAUUUUCAAAUCCCCUAGUUUGGAAAACCCUAUUAUACACACAUACAACGGUAUGCAACAUCACUAUAUUAUGCAUUAUCUGCCCUGGCAGACACUGCCAUGUGUAGGACACAUGUACACAUCACAGGAGGUUGGUGGCACCUUAUUUGGGGAGGACGGGCUAGUGGUAAUGGCUAACGCUGAAUCAGUGGAAUGUUUUCAGAUACAUCAAACUAAAUGUUUGAUGCCGUUCCAUUUAGCUCCAUUCCAGACAAUAUGAGCCAUCCUCCCCUCAGCAGCCCCCACUGGUACAUAUUAUGUAAGGUAUUUUUAUGUUUUUAUUAUGCAAAUAAAAUGCUAAUGUUCUUGA